CCAGAUUAGCAUGACUCAUCAAAAACUCUACAAGGGUGUAUAAAAAGGGAAGAUCUCUCCCCUCUCCUUGCAGAUCACUUCUCCGCGCAGCACCCAAACACCAGCAAUAAGCCCUCAACGAUCUACAAAGAUGCCACCCUACACCAUCACAUACUUUGCCGUGAGAGGACGAUGCGGUGCUCUCCGCAUCAUGCUGUCUGACCUGGGUCAGGAGUGGAAGGAAGUGGUGGUGAACUUUGACGAGUGGAUGAAGGGAGACCUGAAGAAAACCUGUGUUUUCGGACAGUUGCCCAAGUUGCAGGAUGGUGACCUCGUUUUGUUUCAGUCAAAUACCUUUUUAAGGCAUUUGGGCCGCAAACAUGGUGCAUACGGGAAGAAUGACACCGAAGCCGCCCAGAUCGACAUGUUUAAUGACGGAGUUGAAGAUCUUCGUACCAAAUACUUGAAAAUGAUCUACCAGGAAUAUGAAACUGGCAAAGAGGCCUACAUCAAGAGCCUGCCAGACCACCUCUCUAAGUUUGAGGUUGUGCUGGAGAAGAACAAAAGUGGUUUUCUCGUUGGCGACUCGUUGUCCUUUGCAGACUACAGUCUCUUUGAGGUUUUGCUGAACCACCAAGUGCUGAGUCCCACCUGUCUAGACUCCUUCCCUGCCCUGAAAGGCUUUGUGGAGAAGAUGUCCAGCCGUCCCAAAAUCAAGGCUUUUCUUGACUCUGAUGCCUACAAGAGCCUGCCUAUCAAUGGCAAUGGCAAACAGUAAUAGAGCUGAGCAUUAGCUCUGAAUGUAGAUAGAUCCACUCAACUUUUCUAAACCUAACUGUCCCUCUACAUGACUGUUUAGCACUGCUUUCCAUUUUCUGGAUGUGGAAUAAGUUUUCUAAGCUCUAACAUUUGGUUCUCUUCUCUCAUUUAUUGAAAAUAAAAUCUGAACCAAGA